GCCGAGGUUGCCAAGGUGAUGGACAUUAUCAUCAACUCUCUCUACUCGGACAAGGAUAUCUUCCUUCGCGAGCUCAUCAGCAACGCCUCCGACGCCUGCGACAAGAAGCGGUUCCUCUCGCUGACGGAGGACGGCGGGUCGGCGUACGAGGGGCGUAUUCGCGUGGUGGCGGACAAGGAGACCAACACGCUCACUAUCGAGGACAAUGGCAUCGGCCUCACGCGCAAGGAGAUGCGCGAGAACCUCGGCCGGAUCGCGCAGUCGGGCACGAAAAAGUUUACAGAGGCGCUCGGGUCGGGGGGGGACGCGACCAACCUGAUCGGGCAGUUCGGGGUGGGCUUCUACUCCGCCUUCCUCGUCGCCGACAAGGUGACCGUCGUCUCCAAGUCUGCGGACGGGGAGCAGCUCAAGUGGGAGUCUGCGGCCGCCUCUGCGUACACCAUCUCGCAAGACGACUCGACCCCGAUCGAGGGGACGGGCACGCGGCUCACGCUGCACCUCAAGGAGGACGCGGACAAGUACGUGUCGGACUACACGCUGCGCGACAUGCUCAAGCGCUACUCCGAGUUCAUCUCCUUCCCGAUCGCCCUGUGGACGGAGAAGACUGAGUACGAGACCGUGCCCGACCCAGACGCCGAGGCGACGGAGGGGGAGGAGCCGCCGACCAAGACGGUGCCAAAGACCAGCAACGAGUGGGAGACGAUCAACGUGGCCAAGCCGAUCUGGAUGCGGCCGCCGAAGGAGGUGGAGGAGGACGAGUACUCCGAGUUUUACAAGGCCACCUUCCGCGCGUACGACGAGCCCGACGCGCACGUCCACUUCUCGCUCGAGGGGCAGGUCGAGUUCCGCGCGCUGCUCUACCUCCCCUCCUCGGUGCCGUGGGAGCUCUCGCAGGACAUGUUCAACGACAAGGUCAAGCCGGUCAAGCUGUACGUCAAGCGCGUCUUCAUCUCGGAGAACUUCGAGGAGCAGCUGCUGCCGCGCUGGCUCUCCUUCAUCAAGGGCGUGGUCGACUCGGAGGACCUGCCGCUCAACGUCUCUCGCGAGAUCCUCCAGAAGAGCAAGGUGCUCUCCAUCAUCUCCAAGCGCCUCGUCCGCAAGGCGCUCGACAUGAUCGGCGACAUCGCGAAGGACGAAGACAAGUUCGCCCGCUUCUCCUCCAACUUUGGCCGCUACAUCAAGGUCGGCGUCAUCGAGGACCGCGACAACAAGGACGCCCUCCUCAAGCUCGCCACCUUCACCUCGACCGCCGAGCCAAAGGCGAGCGGCACGACGCUGCCGCAGUACGUCGGCCGGAUGAAGGAGGGGCAGAAGCAGAUCUACUACGUGUCGGCCGCCUCAAAGGCGGCGGCCGCCUCGUCGCCCGUCAUCGAGUCACUGCGCAAGAAGGGGUACGAGGUGCUGGUGGCGCUCGACCAGAUCGACGAGAUCGCGCUGCAGGGGGUGGGCAAGUUCGGCGACUUUGACGUCGUCGACGCGGCCAAGGAGAACGUCGACCUCGGCGAGCAGUCGGACGAGGAGAAGGCGGAGGUCGAGGAGGCGAAGAAGUCGCUCGAGGCGACGUGCGCCGCCGUCAAGGCUGCGCUGGGCGACAAGGUGGACAAGGUCGAGGUGUCGUCGCGGCUGACCUCCUCCCCCUCCGCGCUGGUGCAGCCGCAGUGGGGCAUGUCGCCGCAGAUGCAGCGCUUCAUGAAGGCGCAGGCGGCCGCGACGGGAGACGACCUCGGCGGCCUCGGAGGCAUGGGCGGCAUGGCGGCCAACCUCGAGCUCAACCCGGCCCACGCGGCGGUGCGUAAGCUCAAGGGCCUCGUCGCGGCGGACGCCAACGCGACGAGCACGCGCGACUACGCCACCCUCCUGUACGACGUCGCCGCCGUCUCGAGCGGGUAUGAGCUCGCCGACCCGGCCGCCUUCGCCGCGCGCGUGGUCACGCUCAUGACGGGCGAGGCGGAGGAGGCCGCGGAGGAGGAGCCGCCCGCCGCCGACGCCGCCGCUCCCGCCGACGCCGUGCCGAGCGAGGCGCCGGCCGAGAGCUCGGACGGCGACUCGGACGGCGGAGAGGCCGUCGUGCCGGAGGUGCUGUGAGGCGGAGGUGCUGUGAGGCGGCGCCCGCUCGGGCUCUGGGGCGGCGGCGCGUGCGUGUGGAGAGCGCGCGGCGCGGCGUUGGCGGGGCGUGCGCGCGCGGCGGGCGCAGCGCACGAGGCCAGCACGGUCGACGGGGUCGGGACCGGUGGGGGUGUGCCGGGACCCGCGCAAGCUGCUUUAAAUUAGGGGUUCCAGGAUGGAUGGUGCCUUGCGUCUCGCGCGAGCCUAUAGCGAGGCGGAGGAACUAUUUUUAGCUUUGAGUAGGCAUCUGUCAAAUGAUGGUAUCACAC